GCUAAUGUGUUAAAACUUUGCACGUGGCUGAUAGUAAAACAUUUGUUUAUCGUCCAAAAUAAUUUCCCAUCAUCCCGUCCGGCGGAGCCGGUGUCACGUGACUGGUGAGCCAUAUUGGAUCCUGCCUGAGCGAAAAUGGCAUCUGCCGAGCCCGUGCCGCAACCACAGGAGACUCCCAUAGAAGCAGCCGCAGUGGAGGCUGGUGAGGAGAAAGAGGAAGCGUCUGGAGCCGCCGCAGCCAAGCUGGACGCAGACGACCUGAAGUACAUCAAGCACCCCCUGCAGAACAGAUGGGCUCUGUGGUUCUUCAAGAAUGACAAGACCAAGACUUGGGCUGCCAACCUUAGAUGUGUGUCCACUUUUGACACUGUUGAGGACUUCUGGGCCCUGUACAAUCAUAUACAAGUAGCCAGCAGACUGCAGUCUGGAUGUGACUACUCCCUCUUCAAGGAUGGAGUUGAACCCAUGUGGGAAGAUCCCUUCAACAAGACGGGUGGGCGUUGGCUCAUCAACAUACAGAAGCAGCAGCGCCACUCAGACCUGGACAGAUUUUGGUUGGAAACUCUGCUGUGUUUAAUUGGAGAAGCCUUUGAGGAGGACUCAGACGAAGUGUGCGGUGCCGUCAUCAACGUUCGCAGCAAAGGGGACAAGAUUGCAAUUUGGACACACGACUGUAAAAACUCUGAGGCUGUCAUAAGAAUCGGUCGAAAGUUCAAAGAGAGGCUAAACCUUCCCCCUAAGUUUGUCAUUGGUUACCAGGCACACACAGACACAAUGUCCAAAAGCGGCUCCACAACAAAAAAUCGCUUCUCUGUAUAACCACAGUCCAACAAACUGUCCCAGUCCUAGCCUAGCACCAGUGAAGGUGGCACACGUUUCUCCAGUAACCAGCUGGACAGUCACAGUUGCCGAGUUUUCUAAGAUUUUCUGAUCCCUACGCCGCCACAGUGUCAUAUCAGAAGUCUCCCCUGCUACAAAUGUACCUGUCUCCCCAUCUCACCUGUUGUAAGAUUCCUCCCAAUAGAGAUGUGUUGUUGUCAGAUGCGUCAGCCAGAAGAUGAGCUUUUGGCCGACGAGCGAGAAUUUGUACAAUGUUCUGAAUAUCCCAUGCAUAUGUCAAUGCACUGUAGUUAUGGUGAAGAAUGGACAGCUUAAGUAAGGAACGAUACUGGAUAUUGUGGCAGAGUAGUGCUUAUAGCAUUGAGGUUUGUAUGUUCUUAAUGCAUUACUACAGCUUGUAAUGUCAAGCUUUUGCACAUGAAACCAGAAGUUAGCUUGCCUUUAAAACAAGCUUGUGUCAGCUAGGGACAGACCAGAAAGAAUGAAGGGGGUGGUGUCUGAAUUUAUUCUAAAAUAAAUUCAAAACUGUAUGCACAUUUGUUUUGUUGUUCGACAGUGUCUUUGUCAAGUCAUUUCUUCAAAUCUUUCUUGUGGUACUUUUUUCUUUCAAUUUCACCCCACACAAUUCUUUUGGUCUGCCCCUUUUUGAAAAUAUGGCAACUUAAUUAAUGUUUAUACAGAUUUUUGCAAGCAAGGAUAAAAAAAAAAAGAUGAAGAGCUUUUGCUUGGUUGAUACUGUUUUGUAAUUCACGUCCACAAUGUUUGUAUUAUUAGUAGCUUUUAUUUAUGAAUCGCUUUUCUUUGUAAUACAAGCAAUGUAAGUAAGAAGUAAUGUUUGAAAGUACUAUAAGGUAUGGGAAGAGGAUGUCGGUGUGUUUAACAUGCCAAGUGUAUUGUUGAAUGUCUUUAUAUCGAUAGGUCAAGUGACAAAAGUGAUGCCCAGAUUUAAGGGCAUUCCCUGUCAAAAAAGAUAAAAAGUAUUGACUUAUCCCGAUUAAGAUUGAAGAAGAAAAAAUAACUCGUAAAAAAAAUUACGAAGAUCUUAUUUCUUACGUUUUUCCUCUAUUAUGCAGUUGUCAUGUUCUUUGAAGGUUCUGUAACUGAUUUCCUCGAAAAGAAUGAAAUUGUACAGUGAUGACAACUAAGGAUGUAUGGAAUUGUCAGCUUUUUUGUAAAUUGAAGCAGCGUACCUAACCUAUCUAUAAUGCCGAUAUUGUUUCAAAUUAUUCAACAUAUGCUUAGCUGUAGUUUUGGCACCUCUGAAUCUUGACCAUGGAUCGAUGUGUAACCUUCCCUUUUGUUACAGAUGGUACAAAUGAAUUCCUUGGUUUGCAGGCUUUUUAUUGUAAACUUGGAAGAAAAACACAAUAGAACUGACAAAAGUGAAUGCAUCACUGCAUAAACAACUCCAAGUCAUCAAUUCACUCAAUGGCCUUGUGUUGGAAGUCAACAUCUUGCCUAUGUUGGUUUUAUCUCAAAUUUGGAUAACAAGAAAGUUCUUUCUUUUUUACUUAAGACUUCUUGAAUCCUGUUGGGGUAUAUCAUAAUUUGUAAGUAAAAAAAAAGAUUCUUUCAAUGAUGCUUAAAGACAAAAGAAACAGACGUUAAAAACGGGACUUGGAAAAGUUGAUGUAAAGAGUGUGUAACCCAAGUUUUUGCCUAGGAUGAUGUAAAAUGUGUACAGAUAAAGCUUGGAUAUCCCUGCACACUUGAAGUUAAAAGACGUUCACAGCAAAGGCCUGCUAUGGAGUGUUAGGGUGGUGUAUAUUUUUGACACAAGGAUAGGUCCUUUUUCACUUGAGGGAAAGUUUGAUGUGAUUCCUUUACAUAUAUCAUACACACCUUUGGCUCCAGUUUGCAUAACGUGAAUAAUGAAAACUGGGGAAAAAUUGGUUUCCUAAGAAAGAAUUAAAAUUGGAAGAGGUGAAAAUGUCUUGGUUCUAUGAUAAAGGUAGAGGCAGGAAUAUUUUUUUCCUGACGAGUAGUUUUGACAUACCGUGUAAAAAAAGAUCUAUUAAUGCUAUUAACUCUUGUUUCUUGUAUAGCAAAAGUACAGUUAGUGAUGACGUUAUGACUGAUUUGUACCACUUUGAAAGCUGAUUUGAACAGCUUGCAUAUAUUUGUAGCACUUGCUAUCUGAACAGAGUGAACAAUAUGAUUAUAUUAUGUGAUGCACAGUAACGGAUAUAUUUUCUUUUUGUCAUGUUGAUAGCCUUUCGUUUUUUUUUUUAGUUUUAAAAAACGACAGUGUAUAAUUAAGUCAAUGUAUUUACACAUUUUCUGCAUAAACUAUAGAUGUAAUUCAAUUUCCAUGAGUGGGCGCAAGCUGUGCAUUGUAAUACCUGUAAGCUCAUGAUUUUGGUAGCACAUUUGGUUAGCCUUGUUACCCAUAAUCAUAUAUUACACAGUUGUAGGAACCUACCUUGUUACCCUAGGAAGGUUUGAAAAGAUACAGGGGUUUUGCCACUGUAUUGUAACAUAAACAUAGGAUCCAUCUGAAAUGUCAUAAAAAAAGUCACUACU